AUGUCUAGUCACGCGGACGGACCUGUGAUCAACGCAAAGCCCGGUGCAAAUAAUGGUCAUGGACAGAGCAGCGGACAUCACUCGAAUGGCACACAGGAGACACCUAGGUUUACGACCACAUCAUAUCCGUCAAACUGCUUGCGUUUCCUGGGAAAUACCCAAACUGAAUCAACUGGAAAAUAUGCUGUGCCCAGAGAAGCAAGGGUGAAAUUGAACAUCCUGGUUGUCGGCGCUGGUCUCGGAGGCCUGGCCACGGCCAUCGCGCUUCGACGCACCGGCCACCAUGUCACCGUGUUCGAGCAGGCCCCCGAGAAGCAGCUCAUGGAGCCGCUGGCGAGAUGGGGCGUCAUGCAGCGGCUGGCCAAGCGCGCCGUCGAGCCCUCCAAGAUCAACGUCCGCAGGUGGCAGAGCGGCGCCGUCAUCGGCGUCACGGACCUGACGGCCGAGUUCAGCUCGCACUACGAGGCCCCGUACUACGCGGUGCACAGGGCCCACCUGCACACGGCGCUGUACGAGCAGGCCGUGGCCCUGGGGGUCAGGACGCGGCUCAACAGCAAGGUCGCAAGAUACGAUGCUGAUACUGCCACGAUCAAUUUGUCGGAUGGGAGUGUCUUCCAGGGAGAUCUUGUUGUUGCGGCUGAUGGCGUGAAAUCGACAGCGCGAAGCAUUGUGGCUCCCAACGGCCGGGGCGCUCCCAAGUUCACGGGCUAUGCUGUCUACCGUGCAACAGUCGACGUGGAGAAGGUGAGGGAGAUCCCUGAGACCUCGUGGGCGCUAGAACAGCCCAACCUGAAUCUUUGGAUCGGAGAAGACCGUCACGUCAUGACAUACUGCAUAGCAGGUGGCCAGGCGUUCAACAUGGUCCUGUCACACCCAGACCGAAACGCCUCGGCUGCUCUGCCGGCAGAAAAGGAGAUGCUGGAAACGAUGAAGAAGGAGUUCGAAGGCUGGCAUCCAAACUGGGUAUCCCCCUCCUCCAAGAUCCUCAUCCUCGGCGACGCCGCGCACGCCAUGCUGCCCUACAUGUCUGAGGGCGCAGCGAUGGCCGUCGAGGACGGCGCCGCGCUCGCGGUGGCGCUGGGCCGCGUCAACGUCCCCAAAGCAGAUCGGGAGGCGAGCACGGUCAACUCGAUGAUCUGGCACUUUGGCGACGGCCCGCUGCAGGAGGCGCGGGAUCAGGCCAUGAGGCCUGAGGUCGAGGGGAGGCAGUUUCUGAGUAGCCCGAACCAGUGGAGCGACCCGGUCACGCAGGAGUGGGCUUAUGGGUAUGAUGCGGAGCGGGAUAUGGAGGAGGCUUGGGAGGAGGCUGUAGAUGAGUUGAUUGUUCGGGGUGGAAAAUAA